GCGGAGGGUGACCGAGGUGGGGCGGUGAACAUGGUGGGGUGUGGAACAUGGAUGUACUGAGGCGCAACACACAAUCAACUGCACUAUUGCAGUUUUUAGAUUGACUCUUGGAAAGCCACCAUAAAGAAAAGAACGCAGAAGACAAGAAGAAAACACUUACACUGCUUAGUGGACAGCAUGUGAAACAAUGAAGCUCGGGAUGAGGGAUGUACCUGAGAGGAAGUCCAGAGCCAGGGACCCCAGAGAAGAGCAAGGCAGAGAGGGAGCCUCAGCAAGCUGGCGCCGGGUCUUCCAGGGCCCACACCCCACUCCACAGCCGCCACAAUCAAGCCUUCCUGUGUUUACAUCAGAGCCUCCUGGCCGCCCAGCCCCCAGCUCCACAGCACGGAUGGAACAGAGGAGCACCCUCCGUGCAGCUCCUGCCUGGGCAGACCUGCCCGGUGCCCAUGUGGACAACACAGGUCCGGGGGGGGGGGGGCACCUGUAGCAGAAGACAGCUGGAUCUAGACUCACCACCCGAGGCUCCACCACGGAAACCGCUGAAAUUCCUUCAAGAUUAGGCUAAACGUCAGGACGGCACCCAGGCCUGUAACCGUCAUGACCGGACAGGCUGAGGCAGGAGGAUCCCAAACUCAAGGCCAGCCUGGGCAACUUAGUGAGACCCUGACUCCAAAUAAAAAGGGCUGGGGGUGCAGCUCAGGAGUAGAGCACCCCCAGGGUUCAAUACCCCAGACUGAAAAAAAAAUUUAGUCUAAGCCAAAUCCGGAGAAAAAUAGUAAAGGGAUACUGAGGGGAAGGGAGGGAGGGAGGCCCCCAUGAGGACGUGACUUCUGAGGGCUGAAGGAUGUGAGCACCCGAAUCAGUGGCUAUCCAAGUGAGACUCCCAGGCAGAAGGAACAUCUCUUACAAAGGCCCUGGGGCCAGCUGCACAGCCUCUCCCCCCAGAACUCUGGACAGGGCACUUCAUAGUUGGAACCAGAGCCAAACACAACUCUUGGAUCCUCCUACCAUAGGAUCCUAUCCAGACACACACAGGAGCUUCUUGCCCGUGCAAUGCCCUCCUGGCCUCCCUUUCUUUCCUAGUAAACUCAGCUCUGUUCUGCCUUAGAAGCUUCAGGCUCUGCCUGGAAUAUCCACCACUCUUCCCCACCCUGGUCUUGAACUUGGCGAUUCUGAACCAGCCUCAGGCCCUGAGCUGUUCCAGCUGUCAGCACUCAGAUCCUUUGUCACUGCACUGGGAGGACAGCAGGGAGAUGUCGCUGAUAAAAUGUGUAGCCCCGGGCGUGGCUCACAGGAAGCUGGGGAUCAAGAGGAGCUAUCAGGUUCUCUCCGGAAAGGGGACUCAAGCAUCAUUUAUAUUGCACGUUAUUUAAUAUUGAGGAAAACCUCAUUGGUCUUGAUCUGAGGACUAGGGUUAAAAUGCCAAAGAUCCUACUCUACUGUUCCCCCCUCUCUGCCUAAUGUCACUCUUGGACAAAGCUAAAAAUACAGACCAGUCACGAUGCAGGACCUGCCGGCUACUUGCUACUUGUGGAAUCUGUGGUUCAGUCCUGGGAGUCGCUGCCCGAAGAUGACCUCUCUGGGCCAGCCCACGCCCAAGGGCACCCGCAGAGCAUCUGGGCGGGGUCCAGGAAUCUCUGGGCCCGGGAGCCCGCCAGCCCUGGGUCAUCCCUGCACCCUGAGCCAGCUCAAGGACCAGGUCUCCAGGCUGCAGCUUCGAGUGACCUCUCAGCUGGAGAGCAUCUGCCACCUGCAUGGUUCCUGCUGUUCGCAGUUCUCCAAAGUCCGGCAGGACCUCCAAGAACAUCACAAGCAGGUGGACGCCCUCCUCCAGGCAGUGGAGGCCCACAGCCCCGUCCUGGACGGCCAGCCCGUGGAGGUGGGCCAGCUCUCCCCUGGGGAACAGGCCGGCCAGGGUCACCGGGAGGCCCCGAGCCCCAAGACCCCCCGGCUCCCAGAGGUCAGGACCCUGCGGCUGUGGGACUUCGAGAACAUGGUCACCACGAGGUCAUCCGACUGGCUGCGGCGGCCCCAGUCCGUCUGGGACCAGGGCGAGUGGCCCUCCCAGCACGGCGCGCCCCAGUUCUGGCAGGACAUCCUGACCGCGCAGCUCUGGCAGGUCUUCACUGACGCCCAUCCCUGCCCCAGAGUGAGCAGGCCGGCGCUGGACAUGCCCUACACCUCCAGGACGCGGCCCCAGGCAACGGACGGGCGCCUGGGAGUGGCCUGGGUGUCCCUGAAGCCUUCUGGCUCCGAGACCCGGUACAGCGUGGUUGCUAUGCUCAGCAAACCCAUGUCCCUCGGGCAGGACAGCAAGGACCCAGAACCACAUGACGAGGACACAGAAGCCGGAGACCCCUCGGCUCCCAGCUCCCCUGGAGACUCCCAGGAAGAGGAGGCUGCCCCGGCCGGCCCUGCCCAGGGGCCCGCCGGAGAAGCCGUACCCCUUCUGAAGCUCAUAUCCUGGGACCCCGAGGACCUGGGGGACACCUGCAGGAGGCCGGACGCCUUGCCCGGGCAGUCCCGGAGGUUCGCCAUCCCGCAUAGGCUGCAGAGGAUGCGGCUGCUGCGGCACAGGGAGCCCGUGCUGGCCACGGCCGUCAGCAGCUUCACGCGGCACGCGUUCACCUGUGGCAGGGGCGGCGUCAAGGUGUGGAGCCUGGUUGGCCAGGUGGCCGAGGACAGGUUCCCCGACGGCCACCUGCCCGCACACACACAGGGCCCAGGCGCCUACCUGCGCACCUGCCUGCUGUCCUCCAACAGCAGGGCCCUGCUUACCGGCGGCCACAACCUGGGCAGCGUCUGCGUGUGGGACCUGGCCGCGCCCUCCCUGUGCGUGCAGGCUGAGCUGCCCUGCCCAGGCCUCUCCUGCCAGGCCCUGGCCGCUGACCUGGGAGAGCACUUGGCCUUCGCUGGCUUCACCAACGGCUCCAUCAGGAUCUGGGACCUACGGGAUCGGCGCGUGGUCAGGGACCUCUCCGGCCAAGUGAACGGGGCCAAGAGCCUCGUGGUCAAGGACCACACCAUCUGGACGGGGGGUCUGGACGCCCGGCUGUGCAGCUGGGACCUGAGGAUGGUGCGGGAACCCCUGGUGUACCUGUUCGAGUCCCAGAUCAUGAGCCUGUCCCACAGCCCCCAGGAGGACUGGCUGCUGCUGGGCAUGGCCAACGGCCAGCACUGGCUGCAGCACGGCAACGGGAGCCGGGCGCGCAUGGCGGGCUGCAAGGAGGGUGCGGUACUGGGGUUGCAGUUCUCCCCUUGCGGUGCCGGAGCCCUCCUGCAUCCUGUGCUGCGACGUGUCCUCGGACAACCGGCUGGUCGUGGCGGGGUCCGGAGACCAGGCCUCCGUGUACCUUGUCAGCUACUGAGGCCUCGCGACCGUCCGGCCCUAGCUCCUCGUCGUGUCUGUCCUGGGGGUGGUGGGGGUGCAGGUGGUGGAGGGUGUGGCCCGGCCGGGGCCUGGGGUCCUGCAGCGUUCAGCCGGGGCUUUGCGGACUCCCAUCUUCACGUAAUAAAGCAGCUGGAAAAGACGGUCGGUGUCCUGUCCCUGGGAGCGAGGACCCUGUCACCUGUCACCCCGUCACCCGUCACCCCGUCACAAAGUGUGGCUAAGACUGAGGGGACUCCGCAGCCCUGUUCACAAGCACCCCUCCAAGCUGUCUCCCGCCCCAAGACGGUCCCCCCCACGGCUGGUCCCGGUCCCACGUGGCUGCCGGGAGGUGAUCUGCAGGACGCGUUCCAGGAGACCAGCAGCUCUCAAAUGGGCCACUCUGCCCAGGGGCGCUGAGUGACAUUUCCCUGGGCCUGUGGCUGUCCUGACUAGGGUGCUGCUGGCACGGCGCUGGAGGUGGCCAGGGCGCCACCCCAGCCACUGCCGACCCCGGCUGAAAGGGGUCUGUCUAGCAUCUGCUCUCCUCAACCUGCAGUGUCCUUGCGCCCAUGGUGCCUUCAGCAGGGGCCCUCAGGACCCUCCAGCACCGUCUGCCCUGACCCGAGGGGUGGUUCCCGUCCUCUGACUUGGCGGUCACCUGCUGGCAGAGUUCUGAGCCCUGCACCAGAAGCCAGAUCCUGGGACCCGGGAGAAGUACAGCCACACCCCAAAUAGCCCCUGUGCAACUGGCUUGGAUGUGGGUUGUCACCGUGGGGCUCACUCCCUGACAUGGCAGUGUUUUGAGGUCAUGGGGCCCUUAAGAGGUGGUGCUUCCUGGGAAAUGAGGCCUCGGUGUUGCUGUGGCUCCCUUUGGACCCUGGUUCUCUUACAAGAGCGUUGACCCCUGAAGUGCUGUCUGGCUUCCUAUCCCCACAUAGUGCCUCCUGGUGUGCAUCUGCCACGGGGCCACCUGCUGUGAGGUGAUACAGCCAAGGGGGCCUCAGCAGAGCUGGCCCAAUCCAUUUGGAUGUCCCAUCUCCAAAACUGAGCUAAAUAAACCUCCCUUCUUUAUAAAGGACCC